AUGAUAACAAAAAGAUUUUUUUUUCUUUCUCUUGUUCUUUUUGUUAUUGCUUCGUUUUUUUUCUUUCUUUUUUUCUCGUUUUCUUUUUCUAUAUUAUUAUUUCUUUCUUUUUGUUUUCUUUUUCUGUGGUAUUGCUGCUUGUUUUUUUCUUUUUUUCUCUUUUUUUCGUUUUCUGUUUCCAUAGUAUUUCUUCUUUUAUCACUUUUUGUUAGUAUGUUAUUUCUUUUUCUCUUUUUCGGUUUUUUCUAUAUUAUUUCGUCUUUUUCUUUGUCAUUUUCUUUCUAUAUUAUUAAUAUUUAUUCUUUUUCCUUUUCUUUAUCAUUAUUAUUAUUGCAUCUUUCUCAUUUUCUUUUUGGUCUCCUCAUUCACUUUUUUUCUUUUUGCUCUAUUAUUUCUUCUUCUUCUUCUUCUUCUUCUUCUUCUUCUUCUUCUUUACUCAUUUUUUCUUCUUUUUCUCUUUCUUUAUAUUCAUUCACCUUACGUCCUGGCGAUGAAUGUGUUAUGACGGCAAAUGGGAAGAGGCUGCGAGCCACUUGUCCAUUCUUAAAGACGAUUCCCUGUAAUCGGAGCGCAAUUUAUCGAACUAUUGAUGGAUCCUGCAACAACUUGGAUCAACCAUAUUGGGGAAAGGCAAAUACGCCAUAUCGUCGUCUUCAGGAUCCAGAUUACGCAGAUGGUAAUUUUGAAACUCUCCUUUAUUUACAGAGUAAAUACAAAGGACCCCAAAUAUAA